UCUGGACCAGACUAAAGGAAAGCCACUGCUCUGGUCAGCCCUCCCCUCGUCCUAGCGUACCCUAGAGGCCCGGAAGCGGAAGUGACGGACACGGAAGUGGCCUGCUGUUGCCGAGGGGACGGGCCAGGCAGAUGCCAACAUGGCAGCGGUUGGGUCUGGCUCUUCCACCGCGGCGGCCGGGCCAGGAGUGGUCUCCGCGGGGGCCUUGGAGCCUGGUACCAUGAGUGCGGCUCACCGGCGCCUCAAAUACAUAUCCCUAGCCGUGCUGGUGGUUCAGAAUGCCUCCCUCAUCCUCAGCAUCCGCUACACCCGCACGCUGCCUGGCGACCGCUUCUUUGCCACUACUGCUGUGGUUAUGGCCGAGGUGCUCAAAGGUCUCACCUGCCUGCUGCUACUCUUCGCACAGAAGAGGGGUAACGUGAAGCAUCUGGUCCUCUUCCUCCACGAGGCUGUCCUGGUGCAGUAUGUGGACACAUUCAAGCUUGCAGUGCCCUCUCUCAUCUACACCUUGCAGAAUAACCUCCAGUAUGUUGCCAUCUCCAACCUACCAGCUGCCACUUUCCAGGUGACGUACCAGCUGAAGAUUCUGACCACAGCCCUGUUCUCCGUGCUCAUGCUGAACCGCAGCCUUUCCCGGCUGCAGUGGGCCUCCCUGCUGCUCCUCUUCACGGGUGUCGCCAUUGUCCAGGCACAGCAAGCCGGUGGUGGGGGCCCACGGCCACUGGAUCAGAACCCUGGGGUGGGCCUAACAGCUGUCGUGGCCUCCUGUCUCUCCUCGGGCUUCGCAGGUGUCUACUUUGAGAAGAUCCUCAAAGGCAGCUCAGGCUCCGUGUGGCUGCGCAACCUGCAGCUGGGCCUCUUUGGCACAGUGCUGGGCCUGGUGGGGCUCUGGUGGGCCGAGGGCGCCGCUGUGGCCCACCGCGGCUUCUUCUUCGGGUACACACCUGCUGUCUGGGGCGUGGUGCUCAACCAGGCGUUUGGCGGGCUACUGGUGGCUGUUGUUGUCAAGUACGCUGACAACAUCCUCAAGGGCUUUGCCACCUCCCUGUCCAUCGUGCUGUCCACUGUUGCCUCCAUCCGCCUCUUUGGCUUCCACGUGGACCCGUUGUUUGCCCUUGGUGCCGGGCUGGUCAUCGGCGCCGUCUACCUCUACAGCCUUCCCCGAAGUGCAGCCAAAGCCAUAGCUUCUACUUCCACCUCGGCCUCUGGGCCCUGCACUCACCAGCAGCCUCCUGGACAGCCACCACCACCACAGCUGUCUUCCCACCGUGGAGACCUCAACACGGAGCCCUUUCUGCCAAACUCCAGGCCUGCUCUCCUUCACCACCACGCUGGAUCAUGUUAGCAGCUCCUUUUGUGGCCUUCAGGCAGCUUCCCUGACACCGAGACCCCUGAAAGUCGGUCUCUUCUGGGAGAGGUCGAGGCGAGAGCUGCAAUUUUGCAUCAGCCGAUCCAGAAAUGGGGACUAUGUGGUUUUCAGUGGUUUGGGGAUUUGUGUAAUCAGAUAAUUGAUGAUCCAGGGUAUGGGAAAAGCAAGGAGGGAGGUCCCUGAAGUGGCUGAAUCACUGAAUCUAAGAAAUACUGUCAGUUGCCAGAUGCAGGGUUAUUUUCUGAGAGAAAAAAAUAAAGCUGCCAACCAUACUCUUUGCUACCCCACUGGCUGAAUGAGGCAUCCUUAAUUCAUGGGGGAGGGUGUGUGUGUGUGUCUUAAAGUUACUGAAAUAUGGAACUUGCCCCAUGCAUUCCUCAAAGCUUAUUAACCCCUUAACUGUCUCCCGGGUGUGUGUAAGUAUGUGUGUGUGGGGGGGGGCGGGGUGUCUGUGCCCGUGCGCAUGCUUGGGAGAUGCCUGGGCUGUCUUUGCUAUGUGUAAAUAGGGCCAUUGGACCUUUAUUUUUGAUUAACUUGUUCUGAUUUUUUUGUUUUUUAAGGAACUGUAAUGAACCAAUGUCAGGAUACCUAAUGCCAAAUAAAGAUGUUGUAUUUAUUUAG